ACAGUUUUAGUGUCAUUUAGGUCUUUGCAAGUCUUUUUAAAAAUGAACACACAUUAACCUGAGUAGUUUACAAUUUCUUUAAAAUCCAGAUUUGUAUUGCAUUGAGUAAAUCUCUUCUCUAUGUCUUCACUUAAACUCACCAAGUUACUGGAAUCAAAAACUCCUGUUUACUCUGACAACACAGCGGGCUCAGCCAUUGUGCAACCUUUCAUUGUGUUCACCAAGGCACAUAGAAGCAGGGUGGGGGGUUAAUGAUCUUAUAAAGGGAAAGCGGGUCUGUCUCCUCUUUUACUCUAUCAUUUCCACAAGGUUGGUAACUGCAAAAUGAAGCUGUUCUUACUAAUCUGCUUUUUGGCUUGUUGCUGUUGCCAAAUCUGGGCAGUGACCAGAGAAUACUACUUUGGAAUUACAGAGACCGUUUGGAAUUAUGCACCUGGGACUAAAAACAUAAUAUCGGGACAGCUUUUCUCAGAAGAAGAACAAUCUAAAGUCUUUCUCCAGAGGGGCCCAGACAGAAUAGGAAGUGCUUACAAGAAAGCCAUCUACGUACAAUACACCGAUACCUCGUUUAAAAAAACAGUGGAGAAACCCUCCUGGCUGGGGUUACUUGGCCCCAUUAUUAAGGCAGAAGUUGGAGAUUCUAUUAUUGUCCACUUGAAAAACUUUGCUUCCAGAUCCUACACUCUUCAUCCACAUGGUGUGAAAUACACUAAAGAAAAUGAAGGUGCUUUUUAUCCAGACAACACCAAAGAUUUGCUAAAGAAAGAUGAUACUGUGAAGCCUGGAGAACAGUAUACUUAUCAAUGGGAUGUGACAGAAGAUCAUGGUCCAGCUGAAGGAGAUGAUAAUUGUAUUACCAGGAUUUAUCACUCACAUAUAGAUGCCCCAAAGGAUGUUGCCUCUGGGCUUGUUGGACCUCUGAUAACAUGCAAGAAAGGGACACUGGAUGGGGGACGUGAUAAUCAAAUUGAUGCUGAAUUUACUGUUAUGUUCUCUGUGAUGGAUGAAAAUCUCAGCUGGUAUCUGGAUGACAAUAUCAAGACAUAUUGUUCUGAACCUGCCAGAGUUGACAAGGAAAAUGAAGACUUUCAGGAGAGUAAUAAAAUGCAUUCAAUCAAUGGAUACAUGUAUGGGUACCUUCCCAAUCUCACCAUGUGUGCAGGAGAUAGGGUGAAGUGGCACCUUUUUGGCAUGGGUAAUGAAGCUGAUAUCCACUCAGCUUAUUUCCAUGGACAGAUAUUGACAGAGAAGAAUCACCACAUUGACUCUGUGAGCCUCUUCCCUGCUACAUUUGUUGAUGCUCUCAUGAUACCAAAAAACCCUGGAGAAUGGAUGCUUAGCUGCCAGGUCAAUGACCAUAUAGAAGGUGGCAUGCAGGCCAUUUUUGAAGUAAAAGACUGUAAAAAACCCACAAUUGAUCAGAAUGAGUCUACAAACACAAGACAUUACUACAUUGCCGCUGAGGAAAUUAUCUGGAACUAUGGCCCAACUGCAAUAAAUAAUUUUACAGGACAGGAAUUAGUUACUGAUGGAGAGUCUCAGACAUUUUUUGAGCAAGGUGACAAAAGAAUUGGUGGCUCUUACAAGAAAGCAGUUUACAAUGAAUACACAGACAACACCUUCACAAAGCGUAAAAAUAGACUCCCUGAGGAGGAACAUCUUGGGCUUCUAGGACCAGUCAUCAGAGCGGAAGUGGGUGACAUCAUCAGAGUGACCUUCCGCAACAAUGGCAGCCACCCAUUCAGCAUCCAGUCCCAUGGUGUGACCUACAGCAAACAAAAUGAGGGAGCAUUCUACAAUACCAUCUCUGGAGGCACUGAAGCUCCUGCCUCACAUGUGAGUCCUGGCGCUACAUUUACAUACGAAUGGAAGGUGCCACAAGAUGCAGGUCCCACCCAGGAAGAUCCAGACUGUAUUACCUGGCUCUAUUAUUCAGCUACUGAUGCAGUCAAAGACACCAAUGCUGGCCUUGUGGGCCCUCUCUUAGUCUGCAGAAAAGGAUCUCUGCUCCCCUCUGGGAAACAGAAAAAUGUAGACAAGGAGUUCAUCCUACUUGCUACAGUAUUUGAUGAGAAUCUGAGCUGGUACUUGGAUGAAAAUAUUUUGAUGUUUAUAAUAAAUCCUGACAACAUAGACAAAGAAGAUGAAGACUUCCAAGAGUCCAACAAAAUGCAUUCCAUCAAUGGAUACAUGUAUGGAAACCAACCUGGCCUUAAGAUGUGUAAGGGAAACACAGUUUCUUGGCAUUUGAUUGGCUUGGGAUCAGAAGUUGACAUCCAUGGGAUAUACUUUUCAGAAAACACAUUCCUAACCAAAGGAACAAGGAGGGACACAGUAAAUCUGUUUCCACAUACCUCUCUCACAGCAAUUAUGAAGCCUGACUCUGAAGGGGUUUUUGAAGUGGAGUGCCUCACAACAGAUCAUUAUCUGGGGGGCAUGAAACAGAAAUACAAAGUGGAAAAAUGCCAUUGGUGGAAUGUGGAUCCAUCAUUAUAUUUGCAUGAAAAGACUUACUACAUUGCUGCAGUGGAACUGGAAUGGGACUAUUCACCCAACAGGACAUGGGAACAUGAGAGGCAUGAAUUCCAUGAUGAAAGCCCUGGCAAUCCAUUUUUAAGUAAGGGUAAUACGUUCAUUGGCUCGAAGUACAAGAAAGCUGUAUAUCGGGAAUACACUGACAGUUCAUUCAGUACUCCCAAAGAAAGGGCAGAGGAGGAAGAGCAUCUGGAAAUUCUAGGGCCAUUACUACUUGCGAAUAUGGGAGAUAAAAUUAAAAUUGUUUUUAAGAACAUGGCUUCAAGACCUUAUUCUAUACAUGCCCAUGGAGUGAAAACAGGGAGCUCCACUGUUGCUAUAACUAACCCAGGUCAAACAGAAACAUACAUCUGGAAAAUUCCUGAGAGAUCUACUUCUGGGAAAGGAGAUCCACAUUGUAUCCCUUGGGCUUAUUACUCAGCUGUGGAUAUAGUCAAGGAUACCUUCAGUGGAUUGAUAGGAACACUUGUUGUCUGUAGUGACCGUUAUUUGCCAUCAUUUCAGUUGCAAAAGAAAGUUCAGUUUGCUCUUCUUUUUGUGGUUUUUGAUGAAAAUGAGUCUUGGUACUUGGAUGAAAAUAUCCAAACCUAUUCUGCCAAUCCAGACCAAGUGAACAAAGAGGAUGAGGAAUUCCUUGAAAGCAAUAAAAUGCAUGCCAUCAAUGGGAAAGUGUUUGGAAACUUACAUGGUCUUACAAUGCAUGUUGGUGAUAAAGUAAACUGGUAUCUGAUGGGAAUGGGGAAUGAAGUGGAUAUGCAUACAGUUCAUUUCCACGGCCACAGUUUUGAGUAUAAGCGCACAGGACUUUACCGGGCUGAUGUUUUUGAUCUCUUCCCUGGGACAUUUCAAACAGUAGAAAUGAUUCCAAAGUAUCCUGGCUCCUGGCUGCUGCACUGUCAUGUGACUGACCACAUCCAUGCCGGCAUGGAAACCACAUAUACAGUACUCCCAAACAAGAGGCAGUCCCCAUUACUAACACUACUUAAACAAAUAAAGCUGCAACAUCAAAGGGAAGAAGUUGGCUCCCACUGAAGUCCUUGCUCAAGGAAGCAUAAGAAAGAUCUCCUGGCUCACCUGUGCUCUCAGUCUGGUUAUCUCAAGGUUUCUGUGACCUACUGAUAAUCUAUUGACCAUAGUUUAUGACAGCUGUGUGAAUAUGUAGCCUAUAAAAGUUGCUGUUUUUUAAAUAAAUUCUUGUAUAACUAGCCCCUGAAGAUUCCAGGUGUUUCCUGAUUAGUAACAUCUACAUAUCACAACAUUUACCAUUUAACUCCUGAAGAACUGGUAUGUGUACAUAUUAAACAGGGCUCUUCUGUAAACAAUUAUUUUC